AACAACACUGGUAACGCGCAUUUCGUGAGAAACGAGACCAACGACAUGACGUUCACGUUAUUGCUGCUGGUCUCUCUAUUGGCAAUCUGCCAUGGCAUGCCCGCCGAGCUGGAUCCCGUCGAGCUGGAAUCCCUCGAGCUGGAACCCGCGCUGGAUCCCAGGAUUGUGGGAGGAAGAAACGCUAAGCCAGGUGAAAUCCCAUACCAGGUAUCUCUCCAGACUAUCUCAUCGGGUCAUCACUUCUGUGGCGGAGUUAUACUUAAUCAAAAUUACGUAUUGACCGCCGCUCACUGCGUGUCCGGAAAGAACGUUUCGCUCAUCUCGGCCACCGUGGGAACGACGAAUUUGACACGACCUUACAAGGUGCAUCUCAUCAAGUCCGCUUACGUGCAUGAGAAGUACAACAGGAGCAAUUCGUGGAUCAAUGACAUCGCCCUGCUUAAGCUGCAAACUAAGUUCACAUAUAACAAUCUGGUAGGCCCUGUCGUACUACCGAAGCAGAAUCUAUUUGUUAGGGCCGGCGCGAAGGCGGUCGUCUCGGGAUAUGGCAGAUUAUGGCACAACGGGCCCAGGACCAAAGAGCUGAACCUGGUGACCAUCCAAAUAGCCGAUAUGACGUACUGCAAAUCCAUGUACAAAAAGCAUUCGAGGAACAUUUACAAUACCGCGCACCUCUGCGCGAAUGAGCCGACUGUGGAGAAGGGUUCGUGCAAGGGUGAUUCUGGGGGCCCUCUUACUGUCAAUGGAGAACUCGUGGGACUGGUUUCAUGGUCAUAUCGCUGUUCCCAUACAGAAUACCCCUCCGUCUAUACGCGCGUUCCAUCCUAUGUCAACUGGAUUAAACUGCAUGCCAAAUAAAUUCAAAAAAAAUCAACGCAAAAAUAAUCAAGGAUUUUUUUUAAUGUUUAAUGACGUACGUGGGAGCUGAACUAAAUAAACGCAUGAUCAUACAUGCAAAUAAGAACGCGAAAUUCCUGUUGAACGUAUUAUAAUACUAUGGAAAAUUGAGAUUAUUGUUAUGAGAGUCAAUUUUAAUAUUAUUCAAGUAUUGGUAUCUGUAAGUUUAAAAAUUAAGAUUUAAGCAACGAACAAGCUUAAAACAAUCGUUCGAAUAGAUAAGUGUUACGUACGCGUUAACGUAGCGCUCUAUAAUCUCU